CUUUAUACAGGGGAGGGGGGGUAAAAAAUAUGUCGGCGUUUUGAGGGCAGAGGAGGAUUGUGGAAAAGCAAAGGGCGAGAGCUGUGAUCGAGGCCCCACAGUUGUAGCGUUAGCGCGGAGGGGAGGGGAAGGAGAAAGCAGCUGUCCCUGCAUGAUUGAUUGACUGAUGGGGGAAGGAUUUGCUGAUCAACCGGGCUGGCCUCGUGUGCUUCCUGCGCUUCUUCGUGUUCUUACAGUCAGAUUACUGGGCACAAAUGACAAUAAACACAUCAAUUUAAUCUGUUAAUUGCUAACUGCUGAACUGAUAGGAGCUGUCAUAUUAUUCGGCCAAACGGCUCAUUUCGUAUCAAUCCGCAGCAGGGUCUUUUUUUCCCUCCCCCUUAAAUAGAGCUGGUUAGCUAGGUUUGCGUUUUUAGACCCCUUUCUUCUUUUUCUAUAUCCUUUUUUUUCUUUUGUAAUGUUGAGUACGUCCACGCUAAUAUGGCGCUUUGUGUUUUUGGACCACCAUCCCAGUCCGAAAAACGCUAUUAUCAGUUAGCUACCUCGCUGUAUGGUUAGCCUUAGCUCGACCCGCCUGAUGCUCUUGUAAACCCAGAGUGGGUUUGUGGCGGACGGCUAAGCGCUAUGGAAGAAAGGCUAGCUCCCAUCGAGCCGCAUUGUUUGCACAUAUGGAUGGUUUAGCAUGAAGAUAGCCGGCUAAUAUUAACGCACAGGACUGUUAAAAGUUUUCUGUCCUGUCGCCACAAACCGUGCCCGCACCCCGCAGCUAGCCCCGGCUAACGGCUAAGCGUGGUGGGUGUGUAAACAGUAGUUUUACCGUAACAUUAGCACAGACUGAUAAUUCAAUCAUCUGGUUUGCAAAAGGGGCCCAAAUAAAACCAAUAAAUAAAUAAUAAAGUUAUAUCAUUUAACUGUGUUUGACCCAGACUGUGUUUACAUUAAAUACGUAACAGGAGCUGUUAUGUGUACUAGUUCUUAUUUUAGCCUCUGGUUUUGAUUUAGGAUUCAUAUUUCAUAACCAGAAUAUUUAUAGUUUGUCAUAUUGUUCUGACACAGCAGUUAUUAUUAAUGCAACAUAUCACUGUCCCCCAGUCCAACCAAUUAAAGGCUUCAUGUUUCUGAUCCCAGUCUAACAGAACUGUAUGUGUUGUGCAGGUUGGCCACCUGUCCCUGUUCCCUAUAAUGACCCAGUGUUUGCAGAGUCUGCAGUGAACGUGAUGGCUACCCAGUCUGUUUCCAUAGACAAAUAUCCAAAAGGAGACCAACAGAUGCAGGGAGUGGUGAAGGCAGACGACGACUCAGAGCAGUUUAUCGAGGCCACGUUGGUGGAGGUGCCGAGCCCAGCACCCACUGAACCUCAGACUCCCAUGGACGCAGACAAAGCUUCCAUUUAUCGACACCCCCUGUUCCCUCUGCUGGCCCUGCUGUUUGAGAAGUGCGAACAGUCCACGCUGAGCUCUGACUGCAUCACCUCAGCCAGCUUUGAUGUGGACAUCGAGAACUUUGUCCGCUGUCAGGAGAAAGAGGGGAAACCUUUUUUCAGCGAGGACCCUGAACUCGACACCUUGAUGGUUAAAGCCAUCCAGGUGCUGCGGAUCCACCUGCUGGAGCUCGAGAAGGUGAGUGAUCUGUGUAAGGACUUCUGCAGCCGCUACAUCGCCUGCCUGAAGACCAAGAUGAACAGCGAGACCCUGCUGAGUGGAGAUCCAGGAAGCCCCUAUUCCCCCGUUCAAGGCCAGAACUUCUCACCCACCAAGACUCAGACCCCCAGCUCCAUCUCAGGGACCAUCAGUCCCCAGGGUCAGAUUAUGGUGCCAGCGUCAGCCCUACAGCAAGGGAACGUUACCGUGACAACGGUCAACCCCACCCAGGUGGUUGCAGGAGGAACAGUUUACCAGCCAGUCACAGUCGUGACUCCUCAGGGCCAGGUGGUAACCCAGGCUCUCUCCCCGGGGACAAUACGCGUCCAAAACAAUCAGCUUCAGCUGCAGUUCCAUCAGGACCUGAAUCUGUUCAAUCACGAUGACAGCUCCACCAAGAAUAAACGUGGCGUUCUUCCCAAACACGCCACCAAUGUCAUGCGCUCGUGGCUCUUCCAGCACAUAGGGCAUCCAUAUCCAACAGAGGAUGAGAAGAAACAGAUCGCCUCUCAGACGAACCUGACCCUGCUGCAGGUCAACAACUGGUUUAUAAAUGCACGGAGACGGAUCUUACAGCCGAUGUUGGAUGCCAGCUCUUCUGAGACACCUAAAACCAAGAAGAAGACGCCUCAGAACCGUCCACUGCAGCGCUUCUGGCCCGACUCCAUCGCAACUGGAGGCGGAGCUCAGCAGCAGGUCACCAUGCCCGACGGUACCAUGGUGACCAUGAACAUGGAGGGUCUGCAGAGCCUGACGUCGGACGGCGCCACGCUGGCGGUGCAGCAGGUGAUGCUGGGAGGACACAGCGAGGACGAGUCAGGAGACAGCGGAGACGAGGACGACGAUGCGGACAUGGCCGGGCUGGGCCUGGACAACAGCGACUCCUUGCAGUAGAGGACACACUGAUCCACACACACACACACACACACACACACACACUGAUCCACACACACACAGGAUGGGUGUAAGUAUGCCGACACAUCAGAACCAGGAGUUUCCAGAGAGCACAGGACGUUCCCGAACUCUUCCAGCCCUGCAGUCUGCACAUCAGGAGUUUCUCUUCAGAAACACUUUUUUUAUUCGUGUGUUGAUGUAGGCGAGUGCACUUUUUGUAUAUUUAAGCUCAAAAAGAUAAAAUUAAACGAAGAAAAAAGACGUGUUGAAAACACCAGAAGCAGAUUUGGAUGCUCCGUUAAUAAAAAAAGGACUUUUGUUUUCCUUGUUCCUCGUCCCGUUAAACUCUGAUCUCAGUUUGGAUACCAACAUUUGGAAGUUGUGUGUUAUGGUUUGUCUUCACUUCUUGCAUGCAGGUGUUUUUGAGUAGACGUGCGCACUCCUCAGACCGACUCCGCGCUCUCACAGAGCGAGAGAGGAAAAAACAACAAAAAACGAUUAGAGAUGCUUAUUUUUCUAUACAAACAUAUGGAAUUAGUGUUUUAGUCUCAUUUUUGUGUUCUGUUUUGUAAGGAAUAUUUAUGUACAGAUUCCUAAUGAAAGUUAAAGCUCUGUUUUCCAGGGUUCUUUGAAGUUUUCUAAAAACCAGAAAAAGAAGUUAAUGCUGAUGAAAAUUGCUAUUUAAAUUGGUUUUGAAGUUAAAAUACUGACAAGGCCUUAUCUCUGAUGUUUUCUAAGGAGUUCUUGCCAAGAAGCACAAACAGAAAGUGGAUGAAAAACACACUACACUGCAGAACACUGUAGAUUUGACUUUGUGUACAGCAGUUUAUGAAGAAUUAAUCCUGCAUCGUAACCUGACUGCAGCGCUCAUGGUUUUUAAAUCCAGAUUCCCCCAUUUCUCACCAUCACGAUGCCGAGCACACGACAGGAAGCAGAGGACUGUUUGCACGAAUUCAGCUUUUAUUUCUGAACAUGACUGACGUUCUGCCUGCAUGAAGGACUGAGAUGGAGCUCUGCAGUCCGUCAGCCGGCCCCGUUACACAAACAUGAUGAUGGUGCACAGAUCGGGAGCCUCCUGUUGAAAUGAUAUAUUGUAAUAUUGAUCUGGACGCCAUCUGCAGUAAUCGGGUUUGUAAACCGGGUCAUCCAUCGCUGAAUUAUGUUCCACACUUGGUCUGUUCUGCUUUUUAUGAAGCUUUGUUCACAUUUCUCUGUUUUGCCUUAGAGCUUUCUAUUUUGGAAUAAACGAUGCCUAACUCUGA